CAUGGAGACUUGGAACAGCAACAUGGAGAACAUCCACACUUGGAACAUUUAGGACAGCAGCAAGGAGAACAUCCACACUUGGAACAUUUGGGACAGCAACACGGAGAACAUCCACACUUGGAACAUUUGGAACAGCAACAUGGAGAACAUCCGCACUUGGAACAUUUGGGACAGCAACAUGGAGAACAUCCGCACUUGGAGCAUUUGGAACAGCAACAUGGAGAACACCCGCACUUGGAACAUUUGGAACAGCAACAUGGAGAACAUCCACACUUGGAACAUUUGGAACAGCAACAUGGAGAACAUCCGCACUUGGAGCAUUUGGAACAGCAACAUGGAGAACACCCGCACUUGGAACAUUUGGAACAGCAGCAAGGAGAACAUCCGCACUUGGAACAUUUGGGACAGCAACAUGGAGAACAUCCACACUUGGAGCAUUUGGGACAGCAACAUGGAGAACAUCCACACUUGGAGCAUUUGGGACAACAACAUGGAGAACAUCCACACUUGGAACAUUUGGGACAGCAACAUGGAGAACAUCCACACUUGGAACAUUUGGGACAGCAGCAAGGAGAACACCCGCACUUGCAGCAGCGAGAACCUUUAGAUUGACAACAUGAAGUCUUGGAACAGCAACAUGGAGAACAUCCACACUUCGAACAUUUGCGACAGCAACAUGGAGAACAUCCACACUUUGAACAUUUUGAACAGCAGGAAGAACUGGGACAGCAGCAGGGAGAGCAUCCACAUUUGGAACACUUGGGACAGCAGCAGGGAGAACAUCCACACUUGGAACAUUUAGAACAGCAAGAAGGCUUGGGGCAGCAGCAAGGAGAACAUCCACACUUGGAGCAUGGAGACUUGGGAGAGCAGCAAGGAGAUUUUGAUUGACAACAUGGAGACUUGGGACAGCAGCAUGGUGAACAUCCACACUUGGAGCAUUUGGGACAGCAGCAUGGUGAACAUCCGCACUUGGAACAUUUGGGACAGCUGCAAGGAGAACAUCCACACUUGGAGCAUGGAGACUUGGAAGAACAACAUGGAGAGCAAUCACCCUUGAGACAGCUACGAAUCUGUGCACAGCACUUGGUCCAGGGAAGCUUUGAGCAACAGCAAGGGGAACAUC